AUGUCCGACCUCAAGAAGAUCUUCGCCAAGGAUGCUAUGCCCCCUGCGGGACCUUAUUCCCAUGCCGUCGUUGCAGGCCCCAACAUCUACGUCUCAGGUUGCAUCCCCGCUGAUAAGGAGGGCAACAUCAUCAACGGCACCAUCGCCGAGCAGACCAAGGCCUGCAUCGAUAACAUCAAGGCUAUCCUCGCCGAGGCCGGUGUUGAUAUUUCCCGUGUUGUGAAGGUUAACGUCUUCCUCACCGAUAUGGCAAACUUCGCCGAGAUGAACAGCGUCUACGGCGAACACUUCUCGCACAAGCCUGCGCGGAGCUGCGUCGCUGUCAAGCAGCUGCCUAAGGGCGUGCCGGUCGAGAUCGAAUGCAUUGCCUAUUCUGGUACGAGCAAAGCUAGGCUGUGA